AUGUCCAGCUCCUUCACAAUCCGCCCCCUCCUCCCCCGCGACUACAUCGAAGCCUUCGCCGUCGCAGACCUAUCCUUCGCCGCGUUCAACACCCUCCUCUACAAAACGCACCCACCCAGCCCGUCCUCCCUCGAAAAACUCACCGCCGCGCGCCUCCGCGAUAUCGCCAUGAUGCCGACAGCGCGCAUGUUCAAGGCCGUGGACGAGGACACGGGCGCGAUUAUCGGCGUUGCGCGGUGGAUCGUUACGAAGGAGGAGCGCGUUUAUACCACGCUGCAAGAAGCCGUUGAACACGAGGUCAUGCGUCGCGUUAUCCCCGAGACGAAUGAGGCCGCCACACGGGCAUUCUAUACCAUGGCGACAGCCGGGAAAUGGGAGGUUCUUGGGCUACGGGAUAAUCACGGGGCUGUUGUGGGCUUGGUCCCGCGGGUUGAGCUCGAGACGCUGUUUACGCAUCCUGGGUACCGGGGGGUUGGGGUUGCGAGUGCGCUGGUGCAGUGGGGGGUUGAGCUUGCGGAUCGGCUGGGGAUGAGGGUUUAUUUUGAGGCGGCGGGGGAGGGGAGGCCGUUGUAUGAGCGGUUUGGGUUUGAGGUUGUCAGGGUUGGGGAGUUUGAUGCGGCGGAGUAUGGGGGCGUUGGGAGGCAUGUGUAUACUUUUAUGCUUCGGCAGCCGAAGACGGUGCGGAAGGGGAAGUAG